GCCGCCGCCGCCUCCUGUUUUCCUUUCCGGCGGCCAUCUUCGUCCUUUUCCGCGUGCGCACGUCAGGCUCUGCGCUUUCCCGGCCGCAGCCCUUCAGUUCCUCUCUCUGCCCAGGUCGGGCCGCUUCCUUCUGAGAAGAUGAAAGAAACUAUCAUGAAUCAAGAAAAACUAGCUAAGCUGCAAGCUCAAGUACGCAUCGGUGGGAAGGGUACUGCCCGUAGAAAGAAGAAGGUGGUUCACAGAACAGCAACAGCAGAUGACAAGAAGCUUCAGUUUUCAUUAAAGAAACUUGGAGUAAAUAACAUCUCUGGUAUUGAAGAGGUAAACAUGUUUACCAACCAGGGCACUGUCAUCCACUUCAACAACCCUAAAGUUCAAGCAUCUUUAGCAGCUAACACUUUCACAAUCACAGGCCAUGCUGAGACAAAGCAGCUGACUGAAAUGCUGCCUAGCAUCUUAAACCAACUUGGUGCUGAUAGUCUGACCAGCUUGAGGAGACUAGCAGAGGCUCUGCCCAAACAACCUGUGGAUGGAAAAGCACCUCUUGCUACUGGUGAGGAAGAUGAUGAUGAAGUUCCAGAUCUUGUGGAGAACUUUGAUGAGGCAUCAAAGAACGAAUCAAAUUGAACUGUCACUUUGAGUAAGACUUGAACAUUACAUGGAGCUGCUAUUUUAUAUUGUGACUUUUUAUUUGUAACAUUUUUGUACUGAUCUUAAUAAGUCUAAGAUCUCUAAUUGGAAACUCCUUCAAAUUGCAGCUCUCUUCAGUUAUUGCUGGUGCACUGAGCAUUUAAUUAUUCACAGCUGGGUUGAAAGUACACAAAAUUGAAAAGUACUACAUAAAAAUGCUAAUAAAGACUAAAUGUUUAGGCAAAUACUUUUAGUAGUGUUUUGUACAUGGAUAAUAAUGUAUUUAUCGAAAGUUCUGAUGUAAAAUGGAACACCUUGGCUUAAACCGAAUCAGAAAGUGUUAUUAAUUUACUGAAUAACCAUAAUAUUCCAAGUUCUUCUAUCCCCAUUCCCAUUUUUGCUUUGCAUAAUUUUCAAUGAUCGAUAUGUAUGCCAGCAUAUGUAGCACAAGCAGAGCUCAAAAGUGAAGUACGUUUAAUAAUAAUAAUAAUAAUAAUAAUAAUAAUAAAUUUUUAUUUAUACCCCGCCCUCCCCAGUCAAAAACCGGGCUCAGGGCGGCUAACACCAACAGAAUUACAAUAAAACAUAAAAACAAUUAAAAUACAGAUUAAAAUACAGUAUUAAAAUUUAAAGUGCAGCCUCAUUUCAAGUAGGCCAUAAAUCCAAAUAGCCAUGAGGGAGGAAAACACAGGGGUCAGGCUGAGUCUAACCCAAAGGCCAGGCGGAACAGCUCUGUCUUGCAGGCCCUGCGGAAAGAUGACAAAUCCCGCAGGGCCCUGGUCUCCUGGGAAAGAGCCUUCCACCAGGUUGGGGCCAGUACUGAAAAGGCCCUGGCUCUAGUAGAGGCCAAUCUAGCCAUCUUAUGACUCGGGAUCUCCAGAAUAUUAUUAUUUGUGGACCUUAAGGUCCUCCGCGGGGCAUACCAGGAGAGGCGGUCCCGUAAGUACGAGGGUCCCAAGUCGCAUAGGGCUUUAAAGGUCAAAACCAGCACCUUAAACCUGAUCCUGUACUCCACCGGGAGCCAGUGCAGCUGGUAAAGCACUGGAUGAAUGUGAUCCCGCGGCCGGGACCCUGUAAGGAGCCUCGCCGCGGCUUUCUGCACCCGCUGGAGUUUCUGGGUCAGCUUUAAGGGCAACCCUGCGUAGAGCGAGUUACAAUAGUCAAGCCUGGAGGUGAUCGUCACAUGGAUCACUGUGGCCAGAUCGGGGCGAGAGAGGUAAGAGACCAACUGCUUGAUACGGCGGAGAUGGAAAAAUGCCACCUUUGCUGUGGAUGCAACCUGCACCUCCAUGGAAAGGGAGGCAUCCAAGGUUACACCCAAACUCUUGACAGAAGGCGCUGGUACCAAUUGAGCCCCUGCAAAAGAUGGGAGUUGGCCCCCCAACCCCAUGUCGCCCCGACCUAGCCAGAGGACCUCUGUCUUCAAAGGAUUUAGCUUCAGUCGGCUCCCACGUAGCCAUCCAGUCACAGCUUCCAAGCACCUGGUGAGUGUGUCCGGGGCCGAGGCAGGGCAGCCGUCUAUCAACAGAUAGAUCUGGGUGUCAUCAGCAUAUUGAUGACAACACAGCCCAAAACUCCGUACAAUCUGGGCAAGGGGGCGCAUAAAGAUAUUAAAAAGCAUUGGGGAAAGGAUUGCGCCUUGCGGGACUCCACACACCAAGGGGUGCCGCGGCGACAACUCCCUCCCUAGCGCCACCCUCUGUCCCCAACCUGAGAUGAAGGAACGCAGCCAUUGUUGGACUGUGCCCUGAAUCCCCACGUUGGCAAGGCGGUGGUCUAAAAGUUCAUGAUCGACCAUAUCGAAGGCUGCUGACAGAUCUAAAAGAAUCAGCAGUCCCGACCCACCUCGAUCCAGCUGUCUACGGAGAUCAUCUGUUAAGGCGACCAGAGCAUAGCUGCCAAGUUUUCCCUUUUCUCGUGAGGAAGCCUAUUCAGCAUAAGAGAAAAUCCCUUAAAAUAAGGGAUAACUUGGCAGCUAUGGACCAGAGCUGUCUCGGUCCCAUGACCAGGGCGAAAGCCGGGCUGAAAUGGAUCUAGAGCCGAUGUUUCAUCCAGAAACCUACCAAGCUGUUCGGCAACCACUCUCUCAAUUAUCUUACCCAGGUACGGAAGAUUCGAAACUGGGCGAUAAUUGGAUAGAUCUAAAGGAUCUAGAGAUGUUUUCUUUAAGAGUGGACGCACCACUGCCUCCUUCAACUCCUCUGGGAAAGUCCCUGUGCCCAGGGACAAGUUGAUGAUCUCACCCAGGGGGGCCCGUACCUCAUCUGGACACGCUCUAAUCAGCCAAGACGGGCACGGGUCCAGGGAGCAAGUGGUGGGCCUUCCAGCUCGGAGGAAUCUGUCUACAUCGGCAGGGAGUAUCUGAUCGAAUUGGUCCAAUACUGAACUCGAAGACAGUCGAGGGGCCUCCAGUUCCGAUGUCAGAAGAAGGCAAAUAAAGGAGAAUGGUCCAAAUCUAGCAAAGAUCAAAUACAGGUCACUGGCAGAAACAUAACCAGAUUGUCAAAGGUAAAAGCAUUAAUGGUAUUCCAUUAGUUAUAGGCAUGAAGACUGGCUUAGAAUUUUUAAUUGAGACAGGACCCUACCUUUCUGAUUUACUUUAGGAACUCUCUUGUUCUCUAUAAUCUGUCCUUGUCCUUAUCAGAAGCAACCAUAAUGUUCACAGAGUGCACAAGAAGCUCUGUGUUACAACAAAAUAAUUUGUUCAGGAGGUUGACUUCUACAUUACACACAUGCAGAGAACAAUUGUGUAAUCUUAGGAAACUUAAUUGUGUCACUUUAAAUAAACGGGCAACAUAUUGUUAAUUCUGUUAGUGGAAGCGGCAUUGCUUUGAGUGUGGAAAUAGUAGACUUAAUUGCAGUUUAAUGCAAAUGUAACUGCCACAGUCAAAUUAUAUGAACAAUUGCCUAUUCCAGCCCCCCCCCCGGUCGUUUAAACAAUGAAGGGGCAGCUCCUGAGUGCCAAGUUUGAGUUAAAUGUUAUCAACAAGGUAGUAGCUGGAAAUGAAGGGUGGCUAAUCUCUGGCCUCUGAUGCUGUUGGACUCCAGCUUUCAUCAGCCUUGGCCAGUGUAGCCAGUGCUCAGGGAUGAUGGCAGUCUUGCUCCAGCACCAUCUGGAGGACCACAGGGUAUCUUGCCCUGCUGUAAAGUGACUGCUCUUCUUGCAGCAGAUGGCUUGUUAAAACAGAAAUGGAGUUAAUUCAUUGUGCUUUUUCUGCAAGGUAGAACUGGAAUCUGGUUUUGUGGGCCUCUGAAGAAUACUCACUGCUCCUUAUAGAAAAAAAAAAUUUAAUAAGAACUUUUCUCUUGUGUCUGAACUGCAAAUACUGCAGUAAGAGCUGCUAGUGAGCACCUGUGCCAUGUAAGUUAGGUUCCUGUACCUUAGAAAUUGAUCUUGAUUUUUUCAGCAGAACAAAUAAGUUACUGUGGUCUAGUUAGCCAGGCUGUGGCACUUGGAUAAAAAACAACACCCUAGUGCUAAAAACCCCUUUAUCAGGUGGAGUACGGACAAUUUUGUUGUUUAUUCAGCUCCCUUCAUUUGAAAGCAAUUUACACAAAAAGUGGUAUCCAAUUGUGUAUAAUAUGUAAGGGAGUUUUUUUUUUUGGGGGGGUCAGUUUUCUCUAGAUCCCUAAAUCUGCCUCAGUGGAUCUCCUAACCUUGGCCAUAGAUCUAGGCCCAGAUCUCUAGGUCCUGAGACCUCUGGGUAUAGGGCGGUAUAUAAAUUCAAUAAGUAAUAAUAAUAAUAAUAAUAGGUAAUAUUGGGGGGGGGUUGUCAAAAUUGCUUCUCAACUCUGUUCUGAUGUAUUCCUUCUCAAUGGACCAUUCGAUACCAGCCUAUGAUCCUAUCUAUAUAAAGGAGACAGGAACACGUCUAGCUGUAAUUGUCUUUAAUAACAGUCACGCCACUUAAAGGGAUAAAUUGAAUGACUUGCAUACACCAAAAGGAUGAACGCAUGAAGAAUAUCCCAUGGAAUAGCAGUACUGUACAUGUCAAUUAUUUUCAACAAGCAAGAACACAUUCAAAUGUCAAUGGAAAGGUGAACAUGGUAUAACUGCCAGUUAAGUAAUAUUCUACAAAACCUACCCUGCUGAUAUUGGCCAUGGUUAUGCCCAAUAUUAAGUGGUUAAUUAGUCUGCCUGAGCCGUUUGCUGCUGUCUAGUUCUUAACCCAUACUCCUUGCUCCAGGAGAGAAACAAGCUGUUGCAGCCAAAGCAGUGCUUGUAGUUUUAUUUCCCCCCAAACAAGCCAUGAGUUGAAGCUAUGGUUUAUUCUGACCUCCGCAUCAUGGCUGGUUGGGGAAAAACAGCAUGAGCAAUUCAGACAUAAGCCUAAACUGCCCCAGGAUUUGUUUCCUACUGGAAUAAACGAAGAAUCCAGGGGGUGCUUCAGUUUCAAAGGAAUCAGAUGUGCAUGUUUAAGUGCACUCAGAUUUCUU